AUGGACCAACUGUUGAAAAGCACUAAAAUUGAUGUGAACACGGGAAAGGACUUUGACCUCAUGGCUUUGGAUAUGCAUAAUGUGGCUACCAUCUUCUCAUGGCUCAUUGCAUUGAUUCCUACCACUGUACAAACAGUAGCAGCUAACCAUUGUGCUGAUUUCUUUUUCCAGGAGCUGUCUGUUCCCAGUGUCCAUGACAUAGGAGCUUUGGUGGCAUUUGGGUCGGGUGUUGUAUACAUUACACUUCAGUCUAUAAUCUCAUACAAGUCCUGUCCACAAUGGAACACUUACUCAGUGUGUCACAUAAGGAUGGCCAUCUCUGUAAUAUCAUGCAUUGCUUUCAUUCCCAUGAUUGUGUUUGCUUCACGAAUUUCCAUGACAAAAAUUUAUUGGACUCCAGGUGAAAAGGAUUAUACUUAUCAUUUAGUGAGUGCGAUCUGUGAAUGGACGGUGGCCUUUGGUUUUAUCUUCUUCUUUUUAACAUUCAUUAGAGAUUUUCAGAGAGUUUCUUUAAGGAUAUCAACAGAAAUACAUGAAGACACCUGA